ACCGACAGCAACUAUGAGAGCCACCACUCUUCUCCUGGGCCUUGCCCUCUUCACCCUGUGCCUCUCCAGCUACAGCCGGGCCGAGGAGGAUCCCACCACUCCAAGUGAUGGCAGUACUACGCCUACCGAUGGCAGCACCACCCCAACGGACGGAAGUACUACUCCCACGGAUGGAAGUACUACUCCCACUGAUGGCAGCACGACUCCAACGGAUGGCAGCACCACCCCAACUGAUGGAAGCACCACCCCAACUGAUGGAAGCACCACCCCCACUGAUGGCAGCACCUCGCCCUCAUCCCCUUCGACUCCUUCGACACCUUCGACUCCUUCGGACUCAAACUCUCCUAGCACUGGAAGCGACAGUGGCAGCGACAGCAGCAGCAACAGCGGUAAUAGCAGCAGCGGCGGUAACAACAACCGUAGGAGGAGGCGCCGCCAGCAGAUUCAGCGACGUCGCCGCCAGCGCCAGCGUCAGAGGGCUCAGCGUCAGAGGAACCGCAGGAACAACAUCAGGAACAACAACAGGAACAAUAACAGGAGCGGUUAA